CGAGCAGGAGUACCGGGGAGGAACAGGACGCCAAAGAGGAGGCCCGGAUGCAGGAGCAGCUCCGGGGCCCGGAGGAACUGAGGCCAGAGGACGUGGCGUGUGACGCCUGUCUCCAGAGCGCCCCCCGCAGGGCGCUGAAGUCCUGCCUCACCUGCCUGGUGUCCUACUGCCAGGCGCACCUGAGGCCCCACCUGGAGAACGCCAAGUUCCAGAACCACCGGCUGGUGGACCCGCUGCAGGACAUCGAGAGGCGGAGCUGCGAGGCCCACGGGAGGCCGCUGGAGAGGUACUGCCCCGCCCACUCCUGCUGCAUGUGUCAGCAGUGUGAGGAGGAGGAGCACCAGGGGCACGGCGCCACACCCCUCAGAGAGGCCCGCGGGAAGAUAGAGGAAGAGCUGCAGCAGAAGCAGGAAGAGAUUACGAAGACAGUGACGGCAGCAGAGAAUGCCAUCAGCAAGCUCCAGAUCAACACUGUUUCCAUCAAGAGCUCGGUGCAGGAGGUGCAUGGGCUGCUGGAGCAGCGGUUCUCCGAGCUGCAGGCCGCGGUGGAGAGGGCUCAGAGGGAGGCGGUGGAGCUGCUGGAGGGGCAGGAGAGGCGGGCGGUCCGGCAGGCGGAGGGCGUCCAGGCGCACCUGCAGCAGAGGUGUGCGGAGAUGAAGAGCAGGCUGCUGAGCGCCGAGAAACUCCGCAGGAACAAGAACGACAUCGACUUCCUGCAGGAACACGCGCAGUGGCGGAAGGAGACGCUGGAUGUUUCCCUGCCGAAUGUGAACAUCGGACUGACGGACUCCCUCACGGCCUUCGGCCACGUGGUCACCGAGGCAACCCAGGAGCUGUGUGAGCAGCUGCUGAACGCUUACAGGGACAAGCUGAAGGCAGCGCUCAGGAGCGAGAAACUGGGUGUGAAAACUGUGGUGUGUGACCCAGAUCGCCAGAUACCUGUGCCUGACCCCAAGACUCGGGAGGACUUCCUGAAAUAUUCCGCCACGCUGACUUUCGACGCGCAGACCGCACACAGCUUCCUGCGCCUGACGGAAGAGAACAGGAAGGCGACCAACACCACGCCCUGGCAGCACGCGUACCCGGACGUGCCCGAGCGCUUCGAGCACUGGCGCCAGGUGCUGGCGGCUGAGAGCUUCUACCUGGGCCGGCACUACUUCGAGGCGGAGGCGAGCGGGGAGGGCACGCAUGUGGGCCUGACCUACAGAAGCAUCGACCGCAAGAGCCAGGAGGACAGCGGCUGCAUCACGGGCAAUGGCUUCUCCUGGUGCCUGCAGUGGAACGGGCGUGGCUUCUCCGCCUGGCACGGUGGUGUGGAGACGCCCCUGCCGGAGGCGGCGUUCACCCGGAUCGGGGUCUACGUGGAUUUCGACGGGGGCCUGCUGGCCUUCUAUGGCGUGGGCGACUCCAUGACCCCCCUCCACCAGUACCGGGUUGAGUUCCUGGAGCCCCUGUACCCGGCAUUCUGGCUGUCCAAGAAGGAGAACGUGGUCCUGUUGGUGAAGCACCAGGACGUCCUGCCACAGACAGGCCCCCUGCCCCCCUGCACACUCCCCUCCAGCCCCAGAGACACCCAACCCCUGCAGCAGCGGCAGCAGCCCCUCUAACUGGACCUGCAAACUGUGUCUUACUGUCAGGAACACGGCUGCUGCUUCCCGGGUUGGCCACCAGAUGGCCACAUAACUUCCUGCGUUCUGUGCCUCAUUUAGUCUAUGUCUUCACCUGUGUUAAUCAGUUAUUGUUUAACACCAGUGCUCUGUGUUAUUUAAGCCCUGCCCUUUGAUCAUGUCUCUGCUCAGCCUUGAGUUGCCACGCUUGUUGUGUGUGAACUCUUGUACCAAGCCUGUUUGUUUCUCCUGAGUCUCCGCUAAAGACAAUAAAGAAACUUUAUUUCCUCUGAACCAAACCUCUUGUGUUCCGAGUA